AUGUCGCGGCUGUUCGCGUUAACGUACGUCGUCGUCGCUUUGGCUGUAACGAUCUCGAUAACAAACUCGCUCGAUGGGCCGAGCCAGAGGGCCACGAAAGAGACGGACAGCGAUUCACUUCACAGAGAAUCGUCCCCGUUCUUCCUCCUCCAUUUGCUGAAACUGAAGAAAAACAUUCAGAAGAUCGAGAAAAUCCAAACCACCCUGCCGCCCGCGAAUUGUGUCUGCGUGCCCUACUACCUCUGCGACGCUAAUGGUACCGUCACCACGGAUAAAGUAGGAACGAUCGAUAUUAGGUACCGAAGAUGCACAGGGGAUCAAGAAGUAUGCUGUACCCUGGUGAACGCGACAACCACCACAUCUAAGCCUACGACACCUACUACAACCAUGAAACCGACAACUAUGAAACCAACUACCACGACGACUACAACAACGACCACGACCACGCCUGCCCCGGUGGUGUUCCCAAAUACAGAGGCACCAUUCACCCAAGUCUGCGUCUGUGUUCUGACGUCGCAAUGCGAUCCGAGCGGGGUAAUCGGCUCGUCGGGCGAAGGGGUGAUCAAUCCACGAUUGCAGUACGUUCAGUGUCCCAGCAGCAAUCAGGUCUGUUGCAGACCGUCCAGCGUGAUACAGUUGCCGCCGACCAACCCUCCGGUCGUCAGCCCGCAAAUCUGCGUGUUGUGCGGUAGCAGUAUUCAGUGCAGCAAUGGGAUCGUGAUCCCGGUUAACGUCGGCGUUGCGAGUCCCGUGGCGACUUACGGCCAGCAAGCCUGUCCUGUUCCCGCCACCUGCUGCGGCGGGGUGAAUCCGUUGUACACGAAUGGGAUCCCAGUGGUUCUCGGGCCCGUUAGGUAUCCAGGCACCCUUCAGGCCUGUUACUGCAUGAAGACCUGGCUGUGCUCCGAUGGUAACUCGGUCAGCUGGGAUGGGGCUGGCGCCAUCGACCCCAGGUUCUCUGCGUGCCCAUCCGCGGACGAGGUCUGCUGUCGAGCCGGGACUAUCGUCGGUCAACGACGCCGGGAAUCGCCUAAUGGAUUAUCAGAGAAUAUAGUGAACGGAGAGGCGUCAUUCUCGCAGCCCGGAUGCGGUGUUCAGAACACGACGUACUCACCAGCGCAACCCUAUCCCGUGGAUAACGGCAGAACGUAUUUCGGGGAGUUUCCUUGGAUGGUCGCCUUGCUUGCAUUGCAAACGGAUGGAAAAUAUCUGUUCCAAUGCGGUGGAUCUCUGAUCACCAAUACAGCGGUUCUUACAGCCGCGCAUUGUGUCAUUAAUCGAAACAACGGUAGACUGGUGGCGCGUAUCGGUCAAUUGAACCUGGAAAGCACCAACCAGCCAGUACCCUACCAACAGGUCUACGUGAAGACCGUAGUGACCCACCCGUUGUUUUACAGCGGUGCACUAUUCAAUGAUAUAGCGGUAGUUAUUUUGGACAAGCCGGUCAAUAACAGCGUAAACGUGGCACCUAUUUGUAUACCGCAACAGGGGCUGGUUUUCCCGGCUGGUACCAGGUGCCUUGGGACAGGCUGGGGAAAGAAUUCAUUCGGGGGCACGUAUCAAACCGAGCUACGCAAGGUGCAGCUUCCUAUCGUCGAUCGAACGGAUUGUCAGAAUCGACUCAGGACAACGAAGUUAGGGCCGUACUUUCAAUUGCACAGCUCUUUCACGUGCGCAGGCGGUGAGGCAAACAGGGACACGUGUAGCGGAGACGGUGGAGGACCCCUCGUCUAUCUAACGGCAACGGGACAAUACUUUCAGACUGGCAUCGUGUCUUGGGGAAUCGGUUGCGGAGCAUCCAAUGUACCCGCCGUGUACACGAAUGUCGCGCAAUUCACACAAUGGAUUGAUCAACAAUUAGCUACUUAUGGAUCAGCGAACAAAUCACGAAUCCGGUGUCCGGCACGUCGCAAUCGUGCGGUGUUCCUUGAAGAGACAACUCGUUCUUUGGCAACUGGAAUCGAUACACGGACCUCAAACAUCACGAUGUGGAAACUAUUAUUGUUAACUCUGGUUCUGGCCAGUUAUUCUCUGGCUGCGCCUCAAGAACAAACGAACGCAAAUCUGGAUGCCACGAUAUUGAACGUGUUCGGGCCCCCUCCCGACGGUCAACCGCCCGUCGAUCAAAAACAGUCCGGUGAUUUGGACUCCAUGAUCUCGGAUCUGUUGACCUCAACGUCGCCGACUUACGUAGGAACUCAGAACCAGCCGAAACCGUUGCCGGACGACUGCGAAUGCGUGCCGUACUAUCUUUGUCGCAACGGGACCGUCUUGGAAGACGGAAUUGGGCUAAUUGAUAUUAGGUCUGGUUUCAACGAUGAGGUAGGCCACGGCACCUGUCCAAACUACCUGGACCACUGCUGUAAAACGCCAGACGUGCUCCAACCUGGAGAACAAGUUACGCCACGUCCCCCCCAAAGAAAGGGUUGCGGACAACGACACCCUGACGGUGUUGGUUUCCGGAUCACCGGGUUCGAAAACGAGGCUCAAUUCGGUGAGUUCCCGUGGAUGGUGGCAAUCUUGAAGGAACUGACGAUCGGUGACGGUAAUCAGAAGUUAAUCGGGUACCAGUGCGGUGGUUCUCUGAUCCAUAAACAGGUCGUAUUGACAGCUGCUCAUUGCGUGCAAGGGAAACAACCGCACGAAAUAAAAAUUCGAGCGGGUGAAUGGGACACGCAGACAGCGAACGAGAUCUUCCCCCAUCAGGACCGCAAUGUGCAAAAGGUGAUCGUCCAUGAGAAAUAUCAUUCCGGUGCUCUUUACAACGAUGUCGCUCUUUUGAUCUUAACCGAGCCAGUUGAACUCGCGGAGAAUGUCGAUAUUAUAUGCCUGCCAGACUAUAAUACCGUCUACGAUGGAUCUCGAUGCUUCGCCAGCGGCUGGGGAAAAGAUACAUUCGGUAAACAGGGUCACUACCAGAUAAUCCUGAAGAAAAUUGAAUUGCCGAUCGUUCCACGCGAUAGAUGCCAAAGUAAUUUACGCGAAACCAGAUUAGGAAAAUAUUUCCGUCUUCACGACAGUUUCAUCUGCGCCGGUGGAGAGCCUGGCAAAGACACUUGCAAGGGUGACGGAGGAAGUCCUUUGAUGUGCCCGAACAGAAACGAUCCCAGCAGGUACGAGCAAGUGGGCAUCGUAGCAUGGGGAAUCGAUUGCGGUCAGAGCGGUACUCCAGGUGUCUAUGCUAAUAUUGCUUCGUUACGCAACUGGAUCGACGAUCAGAUGGCUUAUAAUAAUCUGGACAAUACCGUUUACAAUAUUUAACUUAAGAAUAGACUGACUAAUUUUGUAUGUCCGUUGUACGAAUAAAGAUCAUUUAACUA